UCUUUUUUAUUUUAAAAUAGGAGUGCCGUUUAGCUACUUUCCUUGGACUCCGGCAAGAGAUUAAAAAGCUCAUGGUGGAUAUUGAUCAUUUCCCUGAUACUACAUUUGAAAAAGAUGCAGUCCUUGAGGAGGAGAAUCUAUUUUUCCUCUCUGAUGGAAAUAUUAAAUCACUUGAGGUGCUUCGUCACCAGUUAGAGGUGCAAAAGGAGGAAUUGAUGGCUUCACAAGAGUCUCUGAAAAAACAGAUUCAUUCUCUUUGGAACACUUUACAAAUCCCUUUAGAGGAGCGGAACUUGUGUACAACAGGUUCGAUACAUCAAGUCAAUACAGUGUUGCAACAGGAGCUUGAGCAGCUUCAACUAAUGCAGGCUAAGAAUAUUAAACAAAUUAUCACUGGCAUCCGACAAGAAUUAAACACCUAUUGGGACAAAUGUUACUACAGCCAGAAAGAAAGAGAAGAAUUUGCUUUCCUUUCCAAUGAAAAUUUCACGGAAGAGUUGCUAAAAGUGCAUGAUGAGGAACUGGUAAAGAUUACCCUCUAUUACCAAAAACACCAAAAAUUGUUUGCUGACAUUGAAAAGAGGGAAUGCUGGUGGAAGACCUUCUUAGAACUUGAGAAGAAGGCAUCUGAUCCAAACAGAUAUGCUAAUAGAGGUGCAACUUUACUUAAAGAAGAGAGAGAACGUUGUUGGCUUCAGAAGAAUAUACCAAAGCUGGAAGACGAAAUCAAAUUAUACAUAGAGAGAAUGGAAACUGAGCAAGCCUGUCCAUUUUUGGUUAAUGGGCAGACGUUCACAACGUACAUUGCUAAUCAAUGGGAAGAACUUAGGAUCAAGAAAGGACAAGAGAAAAGAGAGAGAUGUAUAAAGAAAGAAGAUGGGACUGGCUAUAAAACCCCUUUAAAAAGAACAUUGACUGCAGCUAGUACACCUCUGAGGAAAAUCCGAAAAUUAAAUGGGACCUUAAAUUUUGCCCCAGUGAACAGUAGUGGAAGCCUAUGUAAUCAAGCGAGAAAACCUGUUCUUGCAUCUCAAAAGAUGAGACGUGUUGCAACAAAUACGGUAAUGCACAUCUGUUUUGAAAGCUAGCUUGUGCACAAGCUU